AUGUAUAGCCAUCCCCUUUCAGUCGUGCCCACUAAGACGAUGGGCGUUAGGUAUAGCGCGCGGGCCAUCUGCAGACUGGGGGUCCAGGAACGGUGGCAGCGCAUCGUGGCAAAACGGCAGGCCACAAACUCGCCGAUCCAAGGCGGCUCGGCGGACAUCGUCGUGGAGGCGAUGCUGAAAGCUCACGGGUGCGAGGAGUUGCGACGCUUGGAAUUCGCAGUGGUGAUGCAGGUUCACGACGAGCUCGUCUUCGAGGGUCCCGCCGAGAACGCCACCGCAGCGUUGGCCGUGGUCAAGGACAUCAUGGAACGCCCUUUCCUAGAUGGUUUGGAGCUGAAGGUGCCGCUGGUAGUGGACGCCAAGGUGGCAAAGACGUGGGCGGGUGGCACAUAG